CUCGGAUGACAUUUAAGCACGCACCUAAGCAGGAAGUGAGUAAAGGUAGCAAUCAGUGUGAUGGAAGUCCAUUUUAAAUGUCUUUAAAAUAAUCAAAGUUAGAUAUUUAAAGGUGAUUUGGGUGAUGGAUGGAGGUUUGACUAAAGCCGCGGCGCUGCGGCGGGUUGUGACCGACAGACUCUCCGCCGCCUCCCGGGACAUUUUAGCGGCGCUGGACAGAAUCCUAGCCGAAUACGAGGCGGAGGCUUCGGGUUUCAGACAGGAGAUCGAUCGGCAGAAGAGACAGCUGGAGCUGCUGCAGCCUCAGGUCGCCCUCAGCGCUGCCGGUGUGAAGCGCAGCAGGAGCUUCCUCCCUGCUGAGGAAGAGGAGGCUGAAGAUGAGGAGUCCAGUGACAACCUGAUGGGUCCAUCAAGAUGUCAGUACGACGGAAAGAAACCCGGCAGACCUCAGAUUAGAGAACCAUUGAACCACAUCGACUUCAGGAUCUGCAUCCUGGAUGACUCCAACACCGGCGUCCUCUCAAAAAAUGCGCUGAAGAAAUGUCCGAUCCUGGACCUGAAGUGUCCUCGAGGUCUGCAGGAGGCCGACUUCCUGGACCUGCUGAGAUCCGCCUCCCCUCAGCUUGACAAACCUUUCGACAUCCUGACGUCGGACCGAAGGCGGAGAUUACAGCCUGUGAGGGUGAAGACGCUGACGGCCGAGGACAUCCUCAACGACGUCGGCUGCAUCGGACGGAAGACGCCGACGCUGUACGUCCGACUGAAGAGUGGAGAUGAAGCGAUUCUUCCUGUGCAGACUCCAAACAGCAGCUCGGUCACGUCGACAUGCGAGGAACCAAAUCAGCAAACCAGCAGUCCUGUUCAGCAAGUCGAAGGCAGCGGAUUAAACACCCUUUCACAGCAACAAGACGUGGAAGCUGAGGAAGCUGCUGAAGAAGAACCGACUGCAGCUGAGGGUAAAGCAGAAGGUAGUGAUAAUGAUGAUGAUGAUGAGAAGGACGAAGAACGAGAAGAAGAGAGUGAUGACAACUGGAAACCAGAUAAGAGCGACGAGAAGCUGAAGAAGACCAAACUGCAGCCAAAGAAACGCAAAAUCAAACGUUGUGAUGUCGCUGCUUCCUGCUGCAGAGUCUGUGGAGUUCUGCACCAAUCAGAGGUGUCACUGGUCAAACACGCCUGGACUCACGAGGACGAUCUGGUUUGUGGCGUUUGUGGCGAACGUUCAGAGUCUGAGGAUACCUUAAAGGAUCAUCUUCAAAGUCGCCACAAAACUGAAGCCUGUCACAUCUGUGGAGAAUCUUUCCUUAGCGCUUUUAGCCUCAACGAACAUGUGGCCGCUCACUCGGGGCAGAAACCACACGAAUGCAGCGUUUGUCGCCGUUCAUUUGCUCUGAAGGCGACACUGGAGCAUCACCAGAAACUCCACCAGGCCGGAAAACAGUUAAAAACCCACCUCAGGACUCACAGCAACAGGAAGUCGCACCUCUGCGGCGUGUGCGGUAAAUCUCUCAGUGACUACCGAUCUUUAUCCCGCCACAAGAUGACCCACUCAGGGGAAAGACCGCACAGCUGCCAGAUCUGCGGGAGGUGUUUCAAACUGCCCGGAACUCUGAGGCAACAUGAGAAGAUCCACACAAACCGAGAGCGUUCGUACCUCUGCGACGUCUGCUGCAAGAUGUUCCUGACCGCCAAGCAGCUGCAGAUCCACAUGAGGACCCACACCAACGAGAAACCAUACCACUGCGGCGAAUGUGGCCGUGGCUUCACCACCAAAGGGCCGCUGACUGUGCACAUGCGAGUUCACACUGGGGAGGCACCGUACCGCUGUCCCGACUGUGGCUGGUCCUUCAAGCGCAAGACCAACCUGGACAACCACGUGGCGAUCCACUCGGGCAUCAAACCGUUUGUGUGUGGGAUUUGUGGGAAGGCGUGCGCUCGUAAAACAUAUUUAACCGUCCACAUGAGGACGCACAACGGAGAGAGACCGUAUAAAUGCACCAUCUGCGAGAAAGCCUUCACCCAGAGCCACUGUCUGAAAACGCACAUGAAGAGCCACCAGGCGGAGGAAAAUGUGACGUGAACAGUUAAAUUAUUGUCUUUUUCUCCAUUUCAUUUCGUAUUUCUUCCGACUGUAAAUUUGUACGUGUCCAGUAAUAAAAUCUUGGCUGUAGUGUGUGUCUAACGGUGAAAUCAAUCAGAGCUGUGAUUCAAGUAGAAAACAAAGAGUUUACAGCAGAAGUUUCAAUUUGAACUUCUGGGAUUCUGCAAAAAUAAGAAAAAAAAUAGGAAAAGUUAUUAAAACUUUGCCAUCUAUAAAAGAGAACAUCAGGAUCGUUCCUAGCUAACCUUACAAGUCCUAAUAACUGUUUAAAGAAAAUAUUUGAAUCAAAAUGUCCAAAGAAAGUUUUAAAAAUAUUUUCUUUUCCGCUGAUGUUCAAGCUAUUAAAAUUUUUUAAUGUCAACUUUCAGAGGAUGUUGUCAGGAACACAGAUUAUGUUCCAUGAUGACAAAGGAAAAACGUUCUCGAGGCCUUUUAUUUUUAUAAAACGCUCCCGAGAUUUGAUGUGUUUUGAUAAAGUUCCAAAUGUUCCAAGGAUAUUUUCUGGAUGUUAUUGAGGACAAUUGUAUAGAAAGUUCUUCUAUAAAACAUUCUCACAAUGUUCCACAGUAAAAAAAAAGAGGAAUGUUCUCAAACUAACAUUCAGAAAAUGUUUUUCAGAUGUUCUUGAGGUCUCAGAUGUGAUAAAUUAAAGGUGGAACAUUCUGCUUUUUUGUUGAGGGAACGCGUUAGAGAACGUUCCGUAAGACGUUUCCUUAACCCCAACCCUAAAAUUCUUCUGUCAUUGUCAUUGUGGAACAUUGUUGGAAUGUUUUAUAGGUUCUAUUGUGUGUUCGCUCAACAGCAUCCUCUGAACCGUGCAGCUGAAUGUUCCACCUUUGUUAAUUUAUCGCAGUGCAGGAACGUCUUACAAAGAACGUCCUGUCAUCUGAGGUCUUAAUAGCAUCUUGCAAAUGUCUUUUUGAAAUGUUGCGUUGAGAACAUGUUUCCUUUUGUUGUUACUGUGGAAUUGUUUUAAAGAACGUUCUGUAAUGUUUUCUCUCAGCAAUAAAGGCAGAAUGUUCCACCUUUA